AUGAUUCGUAAUUUAUCCAGCCGGUAGCGUCAAAGACAAACGCCGUGUGGACUUCAAAACACAAAUAAUGUCUUAUACAACCUUCCUGGGUUGUUCAGUGGUGAAAUUGAUCUAGAUUAGACUGAUGCUUAGCCAUGGAUGAAGAGGACAGCCAAGAUGAGAUGAUCAACAGGAAUGUCUCUCAUGGAAAAGGCAAACGGCCAGCCAUGUCCAUAAUCUCUGAUGACGAGGAUAUUUCAGAAGAUGGGGCCGAAUCAGAGGAAGUAGAAACAGACAGUGAGGUGGAUGAUGAUGAUGAUGAAGAAGGGGAGGAGGAGGAAGUCCUGGAUGGAGAGGAGGAGGAAGAUGAGGAGGAGGAGGAGGAUGAAAGUGAAAACGAGGACUCUAAGGUCCUGGAAGGUGCUGUAGGGAAUGUUCCUAGGGAUACGGCGGGUCUGAGCUCAGAUGAGGACUCUGACAAAUGCCCCAUCUGUCUGAACUCAUUCCACGAGCAGCCUGUGGCCACACCAGAGGCCUGUGAACAUUACUUCUGUCUGGACUGCAUUCUGGAAUGGUCAAAGAAUGCCAACUCCUGUCCUGUGGACCGGAUAGUCUUCAAUAGCAUUCUCCUGAGAAAGUGUUAUGGUGGGAAAGUCCAGAAAACGAUUGCAGUUCAGAAGCCAAUAAAACCCGGACAGGAGGAGCAGGUGGAACUGGACUUGGAUCAGACCAGCUGUGAGGUUUGCGGUGGCCGAGAUCGUGAAGAUCGCCUCCUGCUCUGCGAUGGCUGUGACGCAGGUUACCACAUGGAAUGUCUCACACCGCCUUUGGAUGCUGUACCCGUUGAGGAAUGGUUCUGCCCAGAAUGCACUGCCAACAACCGCAGCUCAGGCUCUGAUCAUAUCAGUGAAGAGGAGAGCAGUCUUCCCACCACCAGCCGUUCCCGAUACAGAGCCACUCGAGCCAUCGCACGGACCCAGCAGAGUGAACGAGUUCGAGCCAACGUCAACAGACAUCGCAUCACACAGGCACGCACUGCAGCACAGCUCACUCCCAGAUACCUGAUGCAGUCCACUUGGCUGGAUGAGACCAUCAACGCUGUAGUGGCCGGACUCAACACAGCAGUGUAUGUGCGAGAUUUGACGCCUCACUCCAGGUCCCACCAGAGGAGAAGGACAGUUAAAAGAAGGAAAACCAAAAGCAAAGCCUUUGGAGCCUCCGGAGGAAAGACGAAUAUGAGGGUGAAGAGACGGAAACGCAAAGUGCGGAAGUCAAAAUCAAGAAGAAAACUGGUCAUACGGAAGGAAACUAAUUCCAGAAGUCGUAUUGCACGGAGUCUAGGGAUUAAGAAGCCCAAGCCUGGUUCCAUCAUUCCUUCAGUUUAUCGACCAUCUGAAUACAGUUUAGGAAGCAUGCGGGCAGAGAUUGGAGCAGCCUCCCUCUCUGUGUAUGGAGACCCCUUUGACCUGGACCCCUUUGACGAUAGGGAGGAAGAGAUACAAGCUCCAGCACUAUCCUCCAUUAUGGAUGCCAAGCGACGUGGCCUCUCCCGUUCUGCCCUGCGGUCCCAUCAGCCUGUUGCCAGACCCAUUGCUGCCGGCCUCUCCAGAAGAGGUGCGAUUAUCCCACAUGUGGAAGAGAUUGCAGCAGAAGCCCCUGUAUCAGACCUGCUGGGGAGUAUCCUCAGUGGUCAGAGCAUGCUCCUCAUGGACAGUUCUGAUGUGGUCAUCAACAGAGAUGGCUCUCUUAAGGCCACCAAACCAGUGUGCCUGUCCUUGCCAAGGACCAGUAUCUCUGAAGGUUCAGGCUCAGGGGAAACAGGAAACACCCCAAACUCAGAAACAAGUCUUAUCCAUCCCACUGGACAGGCUGGACCUUCCGCCAGCCCCUUGAGGAGGUCCCCAUCAGCACAUAGUUCCUCUGGUUCUUGUCCCACACCACAGAGUCCCACGUCUCCUUGUCCACCUAUACACACUUCACAUCUUCCCUACUCUCAUCCAUCUCCCUUGGGACAUCCCCAGUUGUAUCCGGGGGCUCCUCAUAGACCAAUUGCCUUAAAUCCACCUAGACCUGUAAAUGGUCACUUGAACACCAAUGAGAUUAGAGGUCAACCUGUCUCAAGGAUGUCAAACAGCCCUUCUGACUCCCAUCAAGACAAGGACAGUACUGCCAGACAGCCACCCGUCAAAAAGCCUCCUCCCAAGCCUGUAUGGGUGGAUGUUUCUGUAUUGCCAAGAAUACCAAAAAUUAAAAGAGAGGGUGCCUCCAGUGUAAACAGUAGCAGUAGUUUGCCUGGGUCUUCCGUGAUCAGUUUAGCAGGCAAUUCAGGGAGGGAACAUACCGUUGACCAGCAAGGGACAAGUACGAGUCAACAAAGCAGAGCAAUGGAUGCUCAGAGGCAAAGACCAGAAAGAACUGGUGUUUCCUCCACAUUUUCGAGCUCUUUCACUUCUACUACAUCUUCCUUUGGUGCUUCUUCACACUCACGACCAUCUUCCUCUUCUGUCAGUUUCCGCAUAAGCUCUAGUGGAAACCCUUGGCAUGCUCGGCGACUUCCUGCAUCAGGAGGGACUCUGCCUGCGAAUGAUGAGGAAUUCAUAAAGAGGAAUAAUAAGAGUAAACCGAUGCUGUUGUCUGUAAAAACUCAGGCUAAAGAGGUCAAGAGUGAGGUCUAUGACCCCUUUAACCCUACAGGAUCUGAUUCCUCUGAUAAUGAACCAGAAAAUGAGGGUCCUGAUCUUGGCACACAAAAUACUGACUCAAGAGUGCAAGUUGAAGCCAAUGAGGUUGCCUGCCAUGAUAUCAAAUCUGAGCAUAUGGAUGUAGAUUCAUCAGAUACAGAGAGAGGCUCUGAAAUGUCUCCAGAAGUUAAAACAGAACCAGACUCAUUGAGGGACAAAUCGUGCCCACAGAAAGCACAACAUUCAGAUGCAGUCCCACUUCAGUUACCCUCAAAUCUGGCUGUGGAUUCUAGUAGAAGUGAAGCAAGGAUAGACACUGAACAGGGUGGAACUCCUGAAAGCCUGUCUCAGAAAACUCAGGAAAACUCCGGAUCAAGCUUGUCAUGCAGUGAUAAGAACAUUAAGAUGGAGGUGAAGUCUGAACCUGAGGCUGGACCUCCACCUGUCAGGCCCCAAUCAAAGUUUCUCGUGGAGUCUCUUGCGAAUCUACAACAAGCUUCCAAAGGGAACGGGGUAAGUAAAGAGCUACCCUCUUCCAGUGGUUAUUUUAAUACUACUGACGGGACAAAGGUGAAAGAGGAAAGACCUCAUCAGUCCCAAUCUAAGCAUAGGAAGCGGUCACCAUCCAAUUCCCAAAGUCCUCCACCUAAAGACUUGCACAAAAAGAAACACUCAAGAUCGAAAGAUAAGAAGAGGUCUCGCUCAAGGUCCAGGGACCGGCAGCGAUCCCGUUCAGAAGAGAGGCAGCGCUCUCAUUCAAGAUUGAAGGAGCGGAGACAUCCACGCUCGAGAGAGAGGUGUUCCUCUAGUUCGAGUAGUAGAGAGAGGAAGACAAGUGGGAAAAGAACAGGUGGUGAAAAGAAUGACAAUAGAGGGAGAGAAAGACAAAGGAAGAGAUCGAAAGAAAAAAGGCGUUCUCCUUCUCGCUCGUUUUCUAGAUCCAGAUCCAGAGAAAGGAGGAAGGUAUCGAAGGAUCAGGGUGAGGUGAGAUCAAAGAGGCAGAAGUCAAGAUCACGGUCAACAUCUAGAGACCAACAAAGGAGAGAGGAGAGCUCUCUGCCUACAGAAAAAACCUCCCGUAAGACUACCGAGCUUACGUCCACUGAAUUAAAUGAGCCUGCUCUAAGUGCAAACAAGACUUCAACCCCUUUGAAAACAGAAAAAGAUGGAAGACAUGAGGCCGAGACUGUUUCAUUGCCAUUGGUUAAACAAGAGAUGCAGUCAAUUGAGAUCACAGCUCAUGUUCUUGAGUCAUCAAGACACUGUGAUCUGACCAGAACACUUAAAGAAAACAAGGAAGUCAAUUCACUUGACAUAUCAAAUGUGCCUUACACAUUUAAACCCAAAGAGAUUAAACAAGAGGAUCCAUGGCCUAUUGGUGCAGUCAAGGAGUUGAAAGGUAUAAAAAAAGAGGAACCCUGCUUCAACUUAUGUGGAGAAUUAGAUGGUGUUAAAGACUUGAAGAAGGAAAAGAUUUCUUUAGAUAUCUUCAAAGAAUCACCAGAACAGAAUGAAAUGGAGUUGGAUGGUGCUGGUUUAGAAAAGAGCCAAGCUGGCUUUCAGGAUGAGGAAAUGAAAGCAAAGGAAAUGGUUGUUGAACCAAAAAAGAUACAAAUUGAACAAAUAUGGCCUGAUGAAGAUGAUUUGCCAUGCUGUAGUGACAACCCUCUUGUGAUCAAUUUGAAUACACCUGAUGUAGAGUCUGAGAACUCUAAAAUGGAUACUGCUGAGUUAUACCAGUCACCUUUGUUGACGGAGGAGAUGGAGAUGGCACCUGUCCAACUGCCAGGCCCAAAUAAACAAGAACAUGUUUAUUCCUCAGAUGAAGAUAUCAGUGUUGAUUACCUUAUCGACAACUUGGACUUCAUAAAAAAGGAAAUGAGUGAGAGCUCCGUAGUCGACUCGACAGAUGCUGUUGACCCCAAGUCUGCAGUCGAAGAGGCUCCAUCGGGGGAUAAAACAACAGAAACAGUCGUAGUUGGUGCUAAGUCUAAGUUACAAGGAAAGCGAGUUACUUGGAAUUUGCAGGAACCAGAGGAGCCCCAGACUGAAAAAUUAAGCAAACUUGCGCUCUUCAAAUUGAAACUCAAACAGGAGGGGUCACGAAGAUCUACCACCAACCCACAUACCUUAAGUCAGGAUAAAGCUUCAACUCAGGCUGAAUCAAAACUCUCAGCAACUGUGUCAAGCCCUCCAUCUCAAGACUCUAGCAGACCAAAAUCCCACAAGGAAGAAGUUGUACAGGACCCCAAUCAGAAAGAGAAGUACAUGAAGAAACUUCACAUGCAAGAGCGAGCAAUAGAAGAGGUCAAACUGGCCAUAAAGCCCUUCUACCAGAAAAGAGAUAUUACUAAGGAAGAGUACAAGGAGAUAUUGCGUAAGGCUGUUCAGAAGGUGUGUCAUAGCAAGAGUGGUGAGAUCAACCCAGUGAAGGUAGCUAACCUGGUCAAAGCCUACGUGGAUAAGUAUAAACAUGCAAGGAAACACAGGAAAGAGGAAAUGGGGCAAAGCCAACAUACAGAUGGCCCCAAAGACGUCCAAACUUCAGUGUGAGGCCAAGGGUCACAUCCUGUUCAGACAAUAUGUUUAGCAAUGAACUGGAUAGCUUUAGAUUUGAUUGUUUUUAAAAUGUGAAUUCCUACAUCAAAAAAAGGAAACUAAGGGCUCUAAAGUCUUGUUAUCAGUUUUCAAAUUAACCUGUCUUUUGAUUGUGUGUAUGUUUUCUUUUGAUUGUAAAGAUCAUUUGUAAAGAAAGUAUCUGUGCGUGUCUCAAAAAGAGGUUCUGGUGAAAAUCUAUACAUUUGCCAUUGUUUAAAACAAGUCUUCAUUUGGAUGUUGAGUUCUGAUAUUUUAAGCUUUUGAUCCAACAAAACGUGCGAGUUGCCAGACAGGCCAUUUCCUCGAUAUAACAUAACAGCUGUAAUAACACUUCUUUGAAUGUGUGGGUUUUAAAGGAUUGUUCUGGUUUCAAUACAUGUUUAGCUCUUAACUCAGAAAAUAAUUUGAACUUAUUUAAUUACAAUUUGUAAGAACAAACAAAAAACGUAAUUUCUGUUGAACCUGGAACAUGACUUAAAAUCCUUUAAAGCAGCAGUUACCAGUACUGUUUUAGAUUUUGUGAUUUGCAUCUUUGGCUUGAAUCCAGUGAACAUCAAUUUUCACCUAGAAUGGUCCACCCUGGAGAACAUAUUGAAUAUUGACUUUAAAGUAGUAAGACAUUUUUUUUAUUACGAUUAUUUUCAAUGAAUAAUGAGAGAAUGUAAUGUUAUAUGAUAAUAUGCGCAUUGUUUUGAGGAAAAUCUGUAGGAACCUGUAGUGUGUAAGUGCAUUGUUGAACAUCAGCAGGGUUGUACAUGAAUCAUAAAAACGUAUGGGACAUAGUGAUAUCACAAAAAAAAAUAUUCAUUUGAAUCGAGAUUUCAUGUUAAAACUAUCAUGAUGAGUUCUUGUCUUUAUGAGACUUUGGAAUCAAUGCAGUGUACUUGAGUUCUUUGAAAUAUUUUAAUUUACUAACUUGAGAAAAACAAGAAAAUAUGCUGUAGACCUAACUCUCCUCUAAUGGCUUAAUUUGAUAAGGUUAUGUAAAAUAAAUAGAGGAUGGUUGUCCCAUAACACUUGAACAACUGUAAUGUACUUUUCUGUUCAAAUGAAAAACGUGAACUUGUAUAUUUAAGCUGUACUGAAGUGUAUAGCAGAUUUCCUCAAUUCUGUCAACUGAAUGUGUUUGCCAACUUGUAUUCCCGAUUGAUAUUGUUUUGUUUUUGGAAACUUUGUGAAUUCAGACACGUAUAUGAACACCUAAAAAUAAAAAUGAACCAUCAAAAUGGGCAGAGACAUUUAUUGUGGCCUCCUGAACAGCAAACCCCUUGACUUUUUAUGGUUUGCCUUAAAUGGAGAUGCUUCUUAAAUGUAUAACUUUUUUUUUCCUUUUAUGCCUUACUAAUGAUUUAAUGAAACAUAAGAAAAGCUAAAGAUAAAAAAUGCUGGUUGAAAAGUGUAAUUCAGAAGGUUUUCCACUAAUUAUGACAUUUAAAAAUGUUUGAAAAGUGGAUUGUAAUUUUUGACUUGUUUAACUAUGGGUGCAUCUCACACGGGGGCGUACAAAAUGCGUUGCCUGUUUUCCUGUGACAUAUUGCACCAGAUUAAUGGUUUUUCUUUGACAGGAAAGAGAAAUUUGUCCUGUGUGAAACUGAUGGCAUCAAAUGUAUCAUGCAUAAUGUUUGAUGUGAAUUGGAGGAUCCACUUUGCUGUUUGUAAAUAAUUUUAUUAAAUACUUUAUUUGAUAAAAACAUA